AUGAGCUCUCACGCCGAGAUGUCCUCCAGCUCCUCUGGCAAACCUACACCGACUGCCCAGAGAGCUUUUGGUGGCUUCACAAACGGUUUAGAAGAGAGCGACUUCCCCGCGUUUGAAAACCGAUCGAACCUGCGAUAUACUCCAGAAGACGAACUACAUGAUCUGAUCUGCGUUGGGUUUGGGCCUGCGUCUUUGGCUAUUGGUGUCGCUAUUCACGAUGCGCUGGAAGGAACAGAUCCCUCGCUGUCGGAUGUCCCCGGGCUGCAAAGCCGGCCACCCAAGGUUGCUUUCCUGGAGAAGCAGUCCCAGUUCGCAUGGCAUGCAGGCAUGCUUUUGCCCGGCGCAAAGAUGCAAAUCACUUUCAUGAAGGACAUGGCAACCAUGAGGAAUCCACGCAGCGAGUUCACAUUCAUCAACUACCUGCACCAGAAGGACCGCCUGGUCGAGUUCGCCAACCUGAAUACAUUUCUGCCCGCACGAGUCGAGUACGAAGACUAUAUGAGAUGGUGCGCAAGUUGGUUCGACGAGGUCGUUUCGUACUCCCAGGAGGUCGUCAAGGUCAACCCCCAGAAGUCCGCCAAUGGCGAGAUCAACACCUUCGAGGUCAUUUCUCGCAACUUGUUGACUGGUAGAAUCGAGACCCGGAGAACAAAGCACGUAGUUGUUGCCGCAGGUGGAAGACCCAAUAUCACUGCACCAUUCCCGCAGGACCACCCCAAGGUCGUUCAUUCUUCGAAGUUCUCGUACAUUUCCAAGCAGAUCCUCAAGGAUCACCAAGCACCAUACAAGGUCGCAGUCGUUGGUAACGGUCAGAGCGCAGCUGAGAUCUUCGACUUCCUGCACGCAAACUACCCUAACUCACAGACGCGCCUUCUCAUCAAGGGCGGAGCGCUGCGACCUAGCGACGACUCACCCUUUGUCAACGAAAUCUUCAACCCCUCACGUACCGACGUAACCUACAACCGCGACCCCAUCCUCCGCGCGCAGACCCUCACCGAAGACAAGGGCACCAAUUACGGUGUUGUACGCAUCAACCUCCUCGAACACAUCUACGAGACUCUCUACCUGCAACGCAUAAAGUACGGCAAUUCGCGGGAAGCUGAGCAGCAAUGGCCACACAACAUCCUGCCGUACCGCCGGGUGACGGCAGUGGAAGACAGCCCGGUAGUCAAGGAUGGCAUCCGCCUGCACGUCCGCGACCAGAGCCCGCUGUACUUCAGCGAGGUUCCUGGCGCAGGCGAGGAGAAGCAGAUUCUGGAUGUCGACGCGGUGUUUGUCGCUACCGGGUACUUGAGGAACCUGCACGAGACGCUGCUCAAGGAUGCUAGGCAUUUGAUGCCUGGUGGUGACCUGAAGGACGCGAAGUGGACAGUGCAGAGAGACUACAGGGUCAACUUUGAGAACAAGGCAGUCAGCGAGGAUGCCGGUGUGUGGUUGCAGGGCUGCUGUGAGACGACGCAUGGUUUGAGCGAUACUCUGCUUUCUGUUCUUGCUUGCCGUGGUGGGGAGAUGGUCAGGGCCAUUUUCGAGAAGCCGGCUAAGUGGGACAAGAACGACGUGCUUGGUGGCUUUCAGGCUCCUAAGCUUUGA